AUGCACGCGGUUGGAUUGCACUCGGCGCUGGCCAUCAAACGUCAGCGAAAGCGCCGGGACGAGCAGCGUCGCGCUCGCGAGCGUCGUUAUAGCGCGCAAUCGGGCGAAAGCGGGCUGACGUCGCCUAGGGCCUCGACCGGCUCGCUGGAUCAUCAUGGCAAGCAUCACAAGGGCACGCAUGGCGCGGCGCGCAACGCCGGCCAGGGGAUGCUGGACAGCAAAGUGGUCACCUCGAUCGGGAUGCUGCACAUUGGCGUGGUGUUCCUCGUGCUGGGCGCCUUUCUCCUGAUGAGCGGCCUGCUGCCGGGUGAUCUCACUCACUUGGGCAGCAAAGCUUCCGGUGGCUGGUGGAACGAGCUCGUCGCCGUGGGACUUUUCGCGAUAUUCCUCGGUAUCUUCCUCAUCGUGCUCAAUCGCGUCAUCGCCAAGAAGGAGGAGGACGAUCUGGAACAGUACGUUCAACGUCAGCUCACCAGAUCCAGAUCCGGCCAUCGAUUGGAACGGGAUGUGGAAACUGGCGGGCUCACCACCCGCCACGCCAGACGGGCGAAGCAGAUGAAGCAGGAUAUAUCCUCGGAUACGUCUCUCGAGAUUAAGGACGAAAAGACCGUCGAUGGUGAUAGAUCGCCGUCCAGAAGCCCGCCACCGGCGUACUCGCCGCAGAUCGCAAUCAACGGUGACAAUCAGGCGGUGCAGUCAGCUUUGUACCUGGAGCAGAUUACCGAAGAGGAGAUUAUCAGCGAUCGCGUCGAGACUUCCACCACCAACAGCCUCAGUCCGGGUUCGCCCAGCGAGACCCGGGAGUUGCUGCAGAACGUACGAUAUUCGAAGCAGAACGGGAAUCCGCAACAAGUUCAUCGGCCGCAUUACGUUUCC